UUUAACAACUAGAUUAAAUUAAAAUUGAAUUUUAUAUACUUAAUAAUAUAUACUCCAACAAUCAAAUAUGAAUCUGGAAUCAGAAACUGAUGAGCCAGAAACCAAACGAUUGAAAUUCAUAAACGAUUGUAGAAAGAAAUCGUGUGAGAAGGAAGAAAACAAUAUAGAAGAAAAUGCAGUUGAAGAUAUUACUGCUGCAAGAGAAGAUUUUCUUAAAAACCAGGAAGAACAUGACGAAUUAAUGAAUAAUAGUGAUAAGGAGGUAUCAGCGAUUGUUGAUAGUGAUGACGAGUCAUUUGUAUUUCCUCCUGACGAGAAUGUCUCAGAUAUGUUAGACGAAGUACAAUAUAGUGGUUGUUUUCCUACUGUUACCGAUCGUUAUUUUACCCCUUAUUACAAAAUGGAUUUACAAUCACUAGGAAAUGAUACGUGUAUAUGGAUUCACAGUAAUCGUAUUUGUAUGCUGUCCUUGGCACCCAGUCAUGUUAUUUUACAAGACAACAAAGUUAUAAAGAAAAUAGACUUUAAAGUUAGCGACAAAUUGGAUAGAUCUUUGAACAAAGUCUCGGGUAAGAGUAAGCAUGGUGCCCAACCAUUGCAAAUUAAUUCGAAUAUCUGUACUAUAUUAUGCUUGGAUGGACAAACAUAUGUUAUCAAAUGCUGUGUAGUUGGAAAAUUAGUGGAAGUUAACGAGGUAUUGUUAAAAAACCCACAACUUCUCAAGGAACUACCACAUAAAGGUGGAUACUUGGCUAUAAUAUUACCGAAUAUAAAAUUUUUGGAAAAUUUCAAACAGUCUGUGUUAACGUUAACUCAUGAUAAAUAUAUUGAACAUAUUAAAGAAAAGGAAAGAAAAUAACUUGGUCAAGAAUUACAUAAUAGAGAUUGAUAAGGAAUAC